CGGGAUUCCCAGUGCUGUGAGCAAGCUCUGUGGUGUUCACAGCAUCUGUCAUGGUUUGUCCGCUAAACUGUAUCGUCGCUGUGUCCCAGAACAUGGGCAUCGGCAAGAACGGGGACCUGCCCUGGCCGCCGCUCGGGAAUGAAUUCAAGUAUUUCCAAAGAAUGACCACAACCUCAUCAGUAGGAGGUAAACAGAAUUUGGUGAUUAUGGGUAGGAAGACAUGGUUCUCUAUUGCCAAGAAGAAUCAACCUUUAAAGGACAGAAUUAAUAUAGUUCUCAGUAGAGAACUCCAGGAACCUCCACAAGGAACUCAUUUUCUUGCUAAAAGUCUGGAUGAUGCCUUAAAACUUAUUGAGCAACCAGAAUUAGCACAUAAAGUGGACAUGGUUUGGGUAGUGGGAGGCAGUUCUGUUUAUAAGGAAGCCAUGAACAGGCCAGGCCAUCUUAGACUACUUGUGACAAGGCUUAUGCAGGAAUUUGAAAGUGACACAUUUUUUCCAGAAGUUGAUUUGGAGAAAUAUAAACUUCUCCCAGAAUACCCAGGUGUUCUUUCUGAUAUCCAGGAGGAGAAAGGCAUUAAGUACAAAUUUGAAGUAUAUGAGAAGAACAAUUAAUGUGAAGGUGUUUUCUGGUUUAUUCCAAGUUAGUUGUUCCCCCUCCCUUCCAAUUCUAUUUUUUUUUUUUAAUAUUAGAAAAAAAGACUUUUGUGACUUUA